UAUAUAUUAAGGUCCCCGAGGCCCAUCCUUUUCUCCAAGCUUAUUGUUCCUUAUCUCUCUAGACCUUUCCGAACGCUCUGUAUCUCUACAAUUUUAACAUUAUUGUUGUUAUUAUUGUUAUCGUUAUCCAUGGCGUUCAAAAAAACCCUAGCUCAGCGUCUAUUCAAUUUUACCAAACUCUCAUCGCAAACGCUUACCAAUUGCCGGAUUUCAUCUGCCUCCGUUCACGCGAGGGUCGCUUCCGCCGCCUCCGCUGGAGAUCGUGACAUCGCUCCGGACCCAGGAGAUAAUGGCGUCUUCCGGAGGUUCCUUCAUAAGCGACCCGGGUUCGAGCCGGAGCUUCGAUCGCCGUCUGCCCACGGAAACAUUAUGGAGAGGUUGAGGGCAAUGGACAUUGCUAGAAACCGCAUUCGAUUGGAGGGGCUGAGGCCGCCGGAGAUGGAGGAGAAGGAGGACGAGGAGGUGGAGGAGUUGGGAGUGACGGCGGAGGAUGCUCGGAAGUUGCUGAAGGCGGCGCAGGUAGAGAUGGUGAAAUCGAAACUUAAGGAGAUCCGAAAGAGCUGCAUAACGUUACACGAGUUCAUUCGGAUCUGCUCCGAAAAUUGCUCCGAUCAGGAUCAAGCGGUUACGAUUGCAAGGCUGCUCGAUGAUUCUGCGGCUGUGAUUAUUUUGGGAGAUGUCGUUUUCGUCAGGCCAGAACAGGUAGCAAAAGCCAUUCAAGAUCUACUCCCUCUGCGAGGAGGAGCCAAGGUGCAUGACUCUGUUAGGAGAGAAUUCGAAGAAAUGGAGAAACAGAAGUCAGCCAUCGACGGCAGAGCCCACACCCUUGUUCGGCGCGAGCUCUGGGGCGGGCUGAGUUUCCUAGUCGUUCAGACGCUGACAUGCAUGAGACUCACCUUUUGGGAGCUAACAUGGGAUGUGAUGGAGCCAAUAUGCUUCUAUCUGACAUCUGUGUACUUCAUGGCUGGCUAUACAUUCUUCCUUAGGACCUCAAUAGAACCUUCCUUUGAAGGCUUCUACCAAUCCCGCUUCAGCACCAAGCAGAAGCGCCUCAUGAAGCUUAACAAUUUUGACAUUGAAAGGUUUAAUGAGCUCAAAGCUGCAUGCUCUCCUCCCUCCAGUUCCAUACCUCCAAAGAUUGAUUCCUCCAUCGCUCACCCAUUUGACAAGACUCUCCAACAGCAUUGAUUGGAAGAAAGAUAAAGGUAAUUUGAGGCCUUGGAAAGAAACUAAAACAUGAAAGGCCUUGAGUAUUUUUAUUGCUA